AUGAAGAAAUUUAAGCUUUAUUGUUUACUUUUCUUAAUAUUCUGCAAGUUCAAAAAUAAAUUAUUAAGAUGGUUUGUAUUUAAACCUAUUAAUCUUACCUAUCGAUUUAGAGAAUAUGAUCAAUAAAAUUCAAUCUAGUUAGAAUUUUCAGUUUAAAGUGAAUAAUUUUCAAUUAAUUUUGUUAAGCCUCGAAGCAUUAGUUUAGAAGAUAAAUUAUUAAGUAAUAAAUAGUCCCUAAGAAAAAUUCCUUAUCCUAAACACUCCUCUUAUUUUAUUUAAUUAAUAUAGAAUGUAAAUAAAGAAUGGCCUUCUAAUUUAGAAAUAGAAGGUUAAUACUUAGAAGGAAAUAAGGGAAGAUUAGCAAUAGUGAUGAUAAAGCCAUUGAAUUAUGAAACAAAUAUGGUUUUGAUACAUUCUCAUUCAAACCAUUUAGAUAUUGGAUGUUGUAUGGAGGAAUACAUUGAUUUUUGUAAUAAUUUGAAAGUAAUGGUUAUUGGGUAUGAUUAUCCUGGCUAUGGACUAAGUGAAGGAGAUACAUCUCAAGAUAGUAUUUUUAAUGCUAUUGAUUGUGUUUAUCAUUUUGCCUUGUCUCUUGGUUUUUAGAAUUAUUAAAUAAUUUUAUAUGGAUAAUCUUUAGGAACAAGUCCUUCAUUAUAUUUAGUAUAUUGAUUGAUAAUAUAGGCAAGUUAAGUCUAAAUUGGAGGUGUUAUACUAAAAUCCAGUUUUAAAUCUAUUUUGAAUAUUGUUUCAGAUCAUAACGAAUUUUACAAAGAUGAUAUCUUUAGAAAUUAUGAAUUGAUUGAAUAGGUUGAGUGUCCUUUAUUGAUUGUUCAUGGAUAAUUAGACGAUAUGGUUAAUAUUGGUUAGGUUAGGGAAAUGAGCAAAAAAGCAAACAACUUAAUUGAGUUUUAUGUUAUUAAAGAUGGUCACCAUAAUGACUUUGGAUCUCAUCUUUAAGAAUUUUAUGAGAAAAUAUAAAAUUUUAUUAAUAUAUUAUAAACACUUUGA